AUAAUAUGAAACUUAAAUCUUCGAGGAAUUGUUACCACUUGUCGUCCUUACCAAUAGUCCUUACCAAUAGUCCUUUAAGUAACUUUUUAUCAAGCUCUUUACGGUUUAAUCUUAUAUUAUAGAAAACAUGGCAGCGGCAAGCCCCUCAGAAUUUAGUAAUCCUUUGAGAAAAUUCAAAUUGGUGUUUCUGGGCGAGCAGAGCGUCGGAAAAACUUCUUUAAUUACUCGGUUUAUGUAUGAUACUUUCGAUAACACGUACCAGGCUACAAUUGGAAUAGAUUUCCUAUCUAAAACAAUGUAUUUGGAAGAUAGAACUGUUAGAUUGCAAUUAUGGGAUACAGCUGGUCAGGAAAGGUUCCGUAGUUUAAUUCCUAGUUAUAUCCGUGAUUCUUCCGUAGCUGUUGUUGUGUAUGAUAUUACAAAUCGGAAUUCAUUUAUGAAUACUGCUAAGUGGAUUGACGACGUCCGUGCUGAACGAGGCAAUGAUGUAAUUAUUGUACUGGUCGGCAACAAAACGGACUUAAAUGACAAAAGACAAGUAACAACAGAGGAGGGAGAAAAGAAAGCUAAAGAAUUUAACGUCAUGUUUAUCGAGACAAGUGCAAAAGCUGGUCAUAAUGUUAAAACACUUUUCCGUAAAAUUGCUCAAGCUUUGCCUGGAAUGGAAAAUACAAUGAAUGAGCCUCAAAACCAACUCAUUGAUGUCAAUAUCAAUUCUGGCACUCAAAAUAAUAGCGAAGGGAAUAGUUGUGCUUGUUGAUUUCUUCUUGUGUUUAAUAUAUAAAAUAACUAAUGAAUGAUAGACUAACUAUUAGUAUUAUUAUUAUUAUUUUAUUGGAUAGUUAUCUUGGCUAAUUCUAUUUUUCAAUAUUAUAAAAGUUGUACAAUAUAUUUAUAGAAUACGUGGCUUUUAACUAGUGGUUGUGAUUUUGUAAUGCAUCAAAUUCAAUCACAAUCUAUUAAAUUAAAGCUGUGCCUCAUCUAAUUCGGAUUAUAUCGUGUGAACGUGAUAGUGAACUAUUUAAAGAAAUCGAUCGUCUGAUGACUUUGAUCGAUUGAAUUCAGUCUUGAAUCCAUAAUUUGGCGCAGCGAUUAAAUUCUGCGGCUUUGUGUAAAUCUGGUCAAUUCCGAUUACAUGAAAUAAAUAUUACUAAAUAAAUGAUUAUAAUAACAUUUUAAAACUUGAUUG